AUGGCCGCUAUCCAGCUUAACUUCACUCUCCGCACUUCUGCCAACUGCAAGACCGUCCACCUUCUCGGUUCUUGGGACGGUUACAAAGGCCAACUGCCUCUCUCCAAGGACUCCACCAAGACUGGCGGCUGGAAGGGCACUUUCCGCUUCCAGGGUCAGACUCUCAAGCAAGGCCAGCGCUACUGGUACUACUACAUCAUCGACGGCUACCACGUCUCCCACGACCCAGCCCGCGAGUCCGUCACUGAGCCCACCACUGGCCGCAAGCUCAAUGUCCUCGACAUUCCCAACGGCAAGCCAGCUCCGCCAGCCAUCGACACUGCCAAGGCCGCUCGCCACUCCCGCCGCACUUCCACUGGUGUCCCCAAGGGUCGUCCUCUCAGCCAAUCUGAGAUCGUAUCCCCACGUCCCUACAAGCCACAGGAGACGCGCAAGGUCCGCACCGAGAACUUCAGACAACCCACCCUCGAGCAACUCUCCGCCAAGUUCGCCCAGGCACAGAUCGAAGAGGACUCCGAGGAGAGCAGCGACGAUGACUCAGAUGUCGAGUCCGAUGUUCCAUCUCUCAGCUCCCGCAGCAGCAACAGCUCCACGCCAAGCUCCGUCUCCAGCACUUCUUCUUGCUGCACUUGCGAACGCUACGGCAUUACUCGCGCUGGUGCUCGCGUCAAGCUCGACUGUGGUGGCUCCCGCUGUGGCUACUCUGAUGGAUCUGAGUGCAGCUCCGAGUCCGAAGACGACUACCGCAAGGGCACUACCCGCCGCCACGGCGUGGUCGUCCGCCACUAG